CUUUAUUUUAUUUACAUUUAUAUUUUUUCUCAAUUGUUCAAUGAGCGCGUAUAGAGUGGUUUCGACAUUCGAAGAGAGGGGGAUUCGCCCCCCAUCCAAGGAAUCAGUGACGGUUGGCGAAACAGAUUUGAAAUUUAUACAUCUGCGUGACAGCCAAGACACGUUCUCCAGCUCCGCAAAACAGCCCAUACCGCGUUCUGUACUUAAAGAUGCUGUUGGCGGCGAUUCGGUUGUGCGCAGACAAACAGAGCAGCAGUCGUCUGAUUCCGAGAGCACGGCUCGGCCAGGCCAGAGCCAAAUCGGCGCUUUCAACCAUGCAUCGCAUGCGCUGUGGCUGUGGAAUGCUAAAGAGAAUGCAUCCGACCUUAUUAACUACAUGCAGACACGCUGGCUGCCAGGGCCGCUGGCAUCGGCUGUAUUUGGACAAGUGCCUGGAACAGCGUCAGCAGCGAGGGCAGACGCGAUGGAGGUUGAGGAGGAGGAGGGGAAGAGGAACAUGCUAGCCAAGUCGGAGGGCCCGAUCAGCUGCAUAGCCUGGCACCCACACCGGUCGCUGGUGGCCAUCGCGCACCGUGCUAGUAACACGAUCUUUCUGUACGACAUGGGGAGCGGCACCUGGUGCCCCAACGUGCUGCAAAAUGCGUACAUGCAGGGAAUAACAUCCAUGGCCUGGCAGCCGAACUGUGGCUAUACGCUGGCAGUGGGCUGCUCGACGGGCGUCUGUCUGUGGGGAAUAAUUCCUUCAGCAAACGUACAGCCUUCAGCAAAUCCGCUCAGUGCGCCGAGCUUGGGGUCGAUGCAGUUUUCGUCGUGGAUGACAUUGAUGGCAUUCCCACCGCUUGCUGCUCAGUACCAAUACCCAUCGCGGCUUGCACAUGCCGACAAGACGGCCUUCCACCGCUCCAGCGCAAGCGUCUCUGCCCUGACGUUCAGCCCCAGCGGCCAGUGGCUGAUUACCGGCCACCAGUCACAUGGGCAUUUGACAGUUUGGGACGUCGCAUUGGGCACAGCCACACCGCUGAAGCGCUCUGGAAGCAGCAGCAGAUCGGCUGCCCUGCAGGUAGAGAUAAGCCCCAAUGGGCGCCACCUAGUGUCGACGCACGCAAACGGACAGCUGCGUCUUUGGGAGACAGAAAGCUGGACUUCGCGCGUGUGGUCUGACUUCCACGGAACAUUAGCCGGUUUGCCUGGUCGCCAGACUCGCGGUCGCUUGGCCUCGUCGUUCUUGGCGCACGCCACAGCCACUUCUGAUGGCAGCGAGGACUCUGAGCGCAUUCGACAUCUCCUUCUCGCAGUCUACCUCGUCAACUCACAGGCGCUCUUCCGCGCCGGCGGCGACACCAGUGCGCUCAUGCCUCUUGGCUAUAUCCGUGGGCCGAACUGGGGCAAACAACACCCGCAAGAGGCAACAAGUUCAGAUGAACUCUCGACCCCACCCGUGGCAAAGCAGGACAAGGCUACAAAUAAAAAGCGGGUGCGCCUUGGGCUUCCGAUACCAUCGUGGUUUGGCUUUGCGCCAAAUUUCGAACCGGGGGCAUUGCUGACUGUUGCGUGGGCAAAUGGCAAGGUGACAUUCGUGCCGAUGUUGUUCCGGAACAGCAAUUUUUCAAGUUAAUAGCGUUCUACGCCGAGAGUCUCUGGGAUCGAUAUAUUUUGUGGAUUAUUUAAAUAACCAAAAGCCCAUGGCAAAAUAAACGUAUUUUGGUCACAAAUUAAGUAUAUGUUUCAGAUUGUCCUUGUCACCAACCA